AUGGUGGAAGAUCGACCUGGUGAGCAGUGGAUUACAUUGAGGGGCAAAUCUGCAGAGGACGAGAAUAUUAAAAUUGAGGCUACAAUGUUUGAUGGCUCAGUCUUUGCUCCAAAAUCUGGUGGUGAAAGUACUGGAGAAGAAGUGCAGCUUCACAUUAGCUUGCUAGUUGAUAUUUGGAAGGGGGAACAAAAUGAGUUGAUGGAGUUUGUGUGCUCAGCCUGGUCAGAUGCUUUAGAAAUUCAAAAAGUUUACAUAUUCAGGCAUGGUGGAUUUCCAACUCGGCCUUACAUGGGACCAAACAUCAAGGGGAAAACUGAGGAAAAUGGCAGUAGACCUACCCACUGGAGUAGUAAGGAUACUGCAGCUGCACAGGAAGGUGUUUGA